AUGACUAAAAGAUAUGGUGUACAAUCGUGGUAUUCAUAUCGCAAUACACAUACAAAAAGUUGCAGACCUCCCCCGAGCACGCAUAAGGAAACACGUUCUGGUGCAUCUCGUUUCGCUUUUGAAGCAACGCCUUCGAACAGUGCAUCGAAUGAAUCGCGUCCUGCACUUCGUCGUGAAGGUGCAUUCUACAUUCGUAGACUGCCGCAACCUUAUCAACGAUCCAAAUCUGCUGCUGUCAUCAAUGACUCUAAUGAUGCUGAGAGAGCGCAAUUGACCGAUCGAGCCGAUUACUUGGCAAGCAGAGAGCGAAUUAGGCAACUUGCCGCAGGUUCGUCUCGAGAGGAAGAGGAUUUGAGUCAUUAUCCAAGUCAACGGAGACGGCGUAUGAUGCCGCCGUUACCGCCACUAGCACACAGCAGUAAUACAGCACUGGAUUUACUGUCAAGCAAACAAAGUGAUUAUAUGAAAGCGAGUUUGUUUCGUCAGUAUUCCGAGGGCAAUCUUCUGAAGCGCCGAUCCAAAACAUCCCCAUCAAAAUUGGACACUAAACGAGCGAAUUAUUCGCUAAAGGAACGAAGACGGCGCUUGAUGCCGUUCACACCAUUUGAUUAUAACGGCGAAACGGCGUUGGAUUCAUUACGGAAACGUGAUAAUCUCAUACAACUUUGCUUAUUCCGGCAACAUUCCGAAAGCAGUUGUUGUUGGAGUCGUGCAUCGAGCGAAUUCUCACCAAAAUCAGAGAGAAGACGACGUCUGAUGCCGCUGACUCCGAAUGAUUCGAAUGGUGAAAUGGAUUCGAUGGAUUCACACACGAAACGUAGUAACCACAUGAAAACUACUUUAUUGCGUCAAUUUUCCGAAGGCAACCUUCUCAAUCAUCGAUCAGAUCCACCUUCGCCACAAUCGACAACAUCAACUGGUGCUUCUCCAUCAAGCGGUAAUAAUUCACCGUUGGUAGGGAGGUAUCAGAAGAACGUUAGUGCAGAUUACGAUACAAAACGAAGGAAUCGAAUUGAUGAAAUUGUGAGACGACACGAUAUACACAAGUCAAUUCUUUGA